AUGGACAAUACCGUGAUAGACACUGAUAAGGACGAUGUAUACUCCAAGCGUAGAAGCAGCAUGAACCCUUUGGCUGCCACAUUUACCCCUACUUUCCCCAAGCCAACCCUCUUAGACUGUGCUGCAUCUGACCACGAUAGCGACGUUGGUCCUUCGUCAGAAGUCUGCAUCUCGGAUUCACGGGAGUCACUCGUCAAUGGUCUCGGCAUAUCUUCUCCAUCGGCCUCCAUCACAUCUGGCCAACAAUCACAACACAACUUGACUGAGGCCCUCUCACCUACUGCACUCUUACGUCAAGAUCGUCCCAUAUUUACAAAUGCUUCGCCUAUGACUACUACAACGGCCUCCAUGUCUACCACCAAUACCACCACUACCACCACUGCUGAGUUUGAUCCAGAAGAGUUCCGAAUCAGCUUGAUGCGUCAAAUCUCUGACAAGUUCUCAACCUUACCCUUGUCCCCUACCGUUUUGGAUCAGAAUGGCUCCCCUGUAUCGAACUCUGGUUCCAACAAUGGUAAUGGCAAUAGCAACACUCAUGCUCUCGAGACAACAAUCAUUCAACUGAAAAAGACGUUACGCGCUACAAACACUGAAUUGGAUCGACUCAAGGACAAGAAUCAAGAGCUACUUGAAAAAAACCAUAAGUUGGAGUUACAACAUCUUGAGGCCACUCAUCAAGUCGCUAGACUUCAAGACUUUGAGCUGAAUAAUCAAUUUCUACUAUCAAGAGUCAAAGAGUUGGAAUCUUCUACAGGCUCAUCCUUGGAUUCGGCUUUAGAAACUGCAUCGAUGAGUGGACGUCGUCAGAAUAGCACUUCGAUCGCACAAAGCCAAAAUCAGCAGCAGAUCCAGAAACUUUUGCGUGAAAUCGCUGCUCUUACACAAGAGAGAGAUGCACUCAAGAUUCGGUCCUGGGAACUUGAAAAAAAACCCUUUGCGCAUCAACACCAGCAUGAGGUUCGCUCCGCUCAUUUUAUUGAUCUUGAGAACGAGCGCAAUCGCCUUAUUGAGGAAUUGGGCCAAAAAACCGUUGCCAUGGAGGAUCUUUGGAAUAAGAAUGAGGCCUUGACUUUGCGAGCGAAGGAAUAUGAGAAACGAGUCUGGGAACUAGAAGGUCAAGUCGCUGCUCUCGAAGCCGAUUGUGCUUCGCUGCCACUGAUCCGUUCAGAGUUGGUUGAAAUGGAAGCACGUGCAGAGGCUGCAGAUGCGCUCGUCGAAAAGUUGCAAGAUUUUGAAGGCCAAGUCGCACUAGUGAAAACCUUACAAGAGCGUAUUAAUGAAUUGGAAACAACCAAUGCAGAGCUGGAACAUUCCAACCGAGAUUUGUCAGAGAAACUCAACUUUGCCAACAAUCAGCAUACAUUGCUUGCUAAAGAAUUCGAAUCAUUUAGAUCAAAGGAUAAAGAUGAUCGUCGACUCGAAUAUUUGGUUUCACGAAACCGAGAACUUGAGACACUUCUGGCAGAGCAGUCCAAACUAUCGCCUGAUUAUAAGGAGGACUACGAAAAGCUGUCUGCAGAGAUGGAGAAGCUCAAGCUUAGGGUGCCACAGCUCGAGGGUCAAGCCAAGCAGGCUGCUCUAUGGCGAAAUAAGUCAUUACAGCUGGAGAAACAGAUCAAGACCAUGGAGGAAAAUGAACCAAGGCUGGGAGAGAUGCAACAACUUCAUGAACGCAACAUGUUCUUGGAGGGUGAAUUGGGUGAGUUGGAGCAGUUGAGAGCACGUGCGUUGGAGCUUGAACAUGAGCUUGAAGGAGCUAAAGCAAGAUUAAUCCAGCUUGAGACUAAUAAGUCAAGAAUGAACUCGGUUUCAGGUCUCAAACUUCAGUCACGGGCACGUUCUGGCUCAGUGGCUCAACAUGGUCCACCAAAUCUUCAACCUCAGCUACAACUACUGCAACAACAACAGCAGCAGCAGCAGCAGGCUCCGCUGGCCCCACAGCUUCAAACCCAAACUCAGCCAUCCGAGGAGAAUGAGGCUGAGAAGGCAGCAGCUGUGAACCUGAGGAUCAAGACUGCAGGAAACACGCUUAGCCAUCAUCUUACGCGUUCCUCUUCUCAAUCCAUUAGUUCUAUGGAUGGUGUCCUGUCCUCUCCUAGAUCACCAAAGCGAGAGUUCCCUGCUGCGACGGUAAUGGUUGGAGGUACACCUACUCCAACGACCGCAACAUGGCCAUCAGGACGUAUGAGUAUGAGCAACUCGUCUCAUAGGAUGAGUACCAGUUCUAGUACGAGUACGGCCACGGUCGUGAGCAACACAGGUAGCCCGGGUCAACAUCUAAAGUCUCUUCAACAUGGCUAUUCUGCACCGGUGAGUCCCGAUGAGUCAGAAGAGGAGAUGGAUUACUGCAAGAAGGAAGCAAAUGCUGCUACUUCUGCUACUGAUGGAGCAACAAUCUCAGGAGCAAUGUUGACAGAAGAACCCAAGUCGUUACCUAUUACUUCAGAAGUUAAUUAG